AUGGACAGUACACAUUUCACCGAAUGGGUAACGAGUGCUGUUGGAACAUUACGAGCAGAACAUGGAAAGGGAAUAAAGAUAGCAAUAAUUAUCGAUAAUGACACCUGGAACAAUAAGUUAACUCCUGAAUGUGAAGCUCCCAAACGGGCAUGGAGAAAACCAAUGAUUGCCGAUUGGCUUAUUUCGAAAAAACUUAAAUUUGUUACAUUUAUGACAAAAGCAGAAUUAUUAGAGAUUGCUUAUAAGAAUCUACCACCAAAGGAACAUAUGGUCGAUAAAGCAGCAAAACAGUUCGAUAUUGAAAUCAGUUAUGUACGAAGUCAAAAUGUUCGCUUUAGUCUCAAUGAUGUUGGACAGUUAGCCAAUGUAUGCCUAGCAACAGUGGGUCCAGAACAUGCUCUUUCAUACUUUGAACAUGCUAAAAAACAUGAAGAUACUUUCAAAACAACAGACAUAAUAGCGGAUGAAUUGGAAAACGAAUUAAUGGAUGAAGAUGAAGACGAUGAAAAUCCAGCUGGUAGUGAUUUUUUAGAUGCAGACUAA